AUGCAGUCCUGCGAAUGGAAAGACCGGCAGCUUCGUCAUACGCCAGGAUCAAUUGUAGCAUUUCAUGAUGACGACAUUAUGAAACAAGCAAAGAAAUCUGUAAGUAAACAUCAAAUUCUAGCUAUUAUCAAUCCAAAUAACUCACUAAAAAAUUAUUUAUAUUUUAUUGCAAUGGAUAUUGAGGUUCUUGAAACUCGGGAAAAGGCCCAGCUGGAACCGCAAAAACAGGUGAGUGUUGAAGACGAUGACGUAGAAUUAGAGAGUGUGGGCUCGUUGCUGGACGACGACACGGAAAAGCCAAACGCGGCAGACGUGGCGACGCGAGGGCAAGAGCUCGUUGACGAGAGAACUGAAUACACUGAGGACGGGGAAAGCGAGCUAGAAUAUGAAAGUGACCAUGUAGAGCUAGAGACGGAAGAACCGGAGGAAUUGGAAGAGGGGCGCGAGACACAGCCAAUCGAGGAGCCACAAUUGGGGGGCGAAGAAGAGAAGGACAACGACGAAGAAAAAGGGGCUGAAGAGGGGGAUGAAGAGGGGAGUGAAGAGGAGGAUGAAGAAGUGGGUUUAACAGACGAAGAGCCGGCCGACGAAAAUGGCCAGGAAGGGAUACAGCAGGCUGGCACGAUCGAGGAGAAUCAAGACGCACCAGAAGAGCCUAGUGAAAUGGUAACGCAGCCAAGUGACUUGUCAUAUGAGGUGCCUAUCUACAUCGAUUUAGGGACGGAAGUUUACAAACUGGUUCAGCCUAAUGUUCCAGAAGAGGCUGAUUUCAAAGACCUCUCCGUUCUCUUUGACGAAGAUAUAUUCGGGCUCACUCUCGGAUUGUUCUUCUCUCGUCUCAAAGCAUCGCAUCGGUUCAACGAGGAACGCGAACUAGUUCUCAGAUGCAGCAGUCUUGGCGAUCUGGCAAUCGAGGAAGACAGCAUACACUGUUCCAAGGUGACCGUUGGCGAUAUUGUAGACUUAUUCAGAGGUCUGCGAUCGCAAUCCGACAACCCGGAUCUUUACAAAUUCAUCCAAUUCGAAGUGGUGAGCCGACCACGGUUCAUCAAGCAAUACGAGCGAUUAAGGAGUCAGCUGGAAUCUGGCAAAGGGCUGGAGUCUGUGGAAUGGGAAAGCAAUACCGAUAGUCUGCCUCGCAAGAAAGUAAAAACAGAUGUUACAUAG